AUGUGUGGUAAUUGGACCAUACACUGGUAUUACAAUGCUGAAAGUAGGCGUUGUCAAAGAUUUUAUUAUGGUGGUUGUGAUGGCAACAGAAAUAGAUUUGAUUCUCAAGUCGAAUGUCGUAGUCGCUGUGCUUAUAAUCAAAUUGAUAGACGGCCUCAAGGUACAUAA